GCUGCCCUCGUAAGGCAGCCCGGGCACUCCAAACGCGAAUUUAACAUGGGGGACGCCGAUGCCGAAGGCUGCUGUACCCUCAAGCGCGGCUUCGGGAUCUUCAUCCUCGUGCUCUCCAUCAUCUCCCUCGUCGGCAGUAUCAUCUGCGCGGUCAUCGCGUCCGCGACGGAGAUGGGCCUCUACGCGGCCUUCAACUGGAUCCACUUCGUCCUCCUCAUUUACCUCAUCUCGGCCGCCUCGGCCUACGUGUGCUGCCGCGCAUGCGGCAGCAAGAUCACGGGGGGGCUCGCCGUCGGCUACUGCGUCCUCGCCUUCGUGACCUUCAUCGUCCUCGCGACGGGCCAGCGGUCCGCCAUCAAGCACAAUUGCGAAGGUACCGUGGAGUGCGCCUCCAUCUCAGACUGGGGAGAUCAUGAUCCCGAGUGUGGGCGCAAGACGUCGUCCUUCUCGCUGUGCUACCUUCCGGAGACGGACGAGCGCCGCCGCCGUCUCGCGUCUUCGUACGCGCCGGAGACGGACGAGCGCCGCCGCCGUCUCGCCACUGGGUGCCGAAGCGACAUCUGCACCGACAUAGGUAACGAUUGUUGUGCGCCGGGCGGCGAGGCCCGCGGGUGCAGCCUGGCGGGCUACGAGGUGCAAGCUGACUGGGUGGGCUCGUCGGGUUGGGGCGAUUGCGUCGGCACGUACGGCCAGGAGUCAGUGUAUCAGUGCUGCUCGAACACCUGCGACUACGUCGCCGUCUCCGGCCGCGGCUGCGAGUCCUACAUCCACAUGGACGACGGCUGGUAUGGGGACCGAUGGCUCUCGGGCGGGUCGACGUCGCUCGAGGACUGCGCCGCCGCCGUCCGCGCGUACGACGGCCAGGAUGGGUGCCGCGGCGCCUAUUUCUUCUACGAGACCGGUGGAUACUGCAACUGCCCGACGGACGAUUGCGAGCUCGGCUACGAGAAUGGGAACGCUGGCGGGCCGGGCCAGUUGUACCAGUACGGCUGCGGUGUUGACGUUGACGUUGCCCCGACGUGGUACUACUCGAAGUGGGGCGACGACUGCCAGCACGACGGCGGCGACGACGACCACUGCCGCGCGUUCAGGACACAAGACGACUGCAUCAACUAUUGCAAUCCGUGGGACGACGACGCCGACGAGCAGUGCGAGGACGCGGACGACCCGGAAGACUGCAACUCGAUCGUUACGCACGUCAACACGGUGGCCGGCUGGUCGACGUUUUUUGCAGGGCUGGUGCUCUUCCCGACUCUCGUGUGGGUCGCGCUCCUCUGCGCCGUCCCGGACCCGCAAGCUGCUGCGCCCGUGACCGCGGUGGAGUUGCCACGAAUGCAACCCCAAGUGAUGAUGGUAUCGCCCGUAUCGCCCGGGGGCGGGCAACCUCAGGUGAUCAUGGGCCAGCCCCAGGUUGUCCAGGGCGGGCAACCUCAGGUGAUCAUGGGCCAGCCCCAGGUUGUCCAGGGCGGGCAACCUCAGGUGAUCAUGGGCCAGCCCCAGAUUGUCCAGGCGGGGCAAGCUCCGGUGAUCAUGGGCCAGCCCCAGGUUGUCCAGGGUGCCCCGUCGAAGCUCGCCGAGUUCUAGGCCACUUCCUCGAGUUGAGAUUCCUCAGAGCCCCGGCUUCUUCCCGAAGCGGCUCCCUCUCUCCCUCCCCCUUGUCCACAUGUCCAGACGGUUAUCCACGUGGAGACUAUUCGCACGUCCGAGUCCGAGUCAUUGGUCUAAGUACACUGGCAUAACAUUUAAUAGGCGGUUAGAAAGUGCCGCGGCGUAGAAGCUCCUGAGGCUGCUCAGCCGAGGCGACGCCGAAGACGAGAGACACAGAACACGAAUA